AUGCGAACAAAUAAUGACAGACCGUCUGAAAAAUUCGCCAGUUUAUUGACACGGUCGAAAAGAAAAAGCGAAGCCAAAAGAAAAAGCAGACAAUCAGCUACGCACGGUAUUCCUCCUCAAGGCGACCAAACGCAAUCAAAAAUAGACUUUCCUGGGCUGGCUCUAAAUUUAUUUGGUAAACCUUCAAGAAAGUCUGUUAUACCAUUGGAUAAAAAAACUUCAACAAAAGAAGUAUUAAUCAAAGUUAAAGAACCUGUAGACACAUUGCAAGAUGCUAAAUUGGCAAAAGAUUUAACACCAUCACAUAGAAAAUAUCUAAAACACAGAGAAAAACUUCUAAGGAGUCUAGUGAAGAACGACUUACCUCUACCUGUAGGGAGAACAGAAUCUGAAAAAAAAUUAAUCGAAACAGUUCGAAAUAAUUUAGGUCUACCUCCGGACCCUGAAACUUUACCUGAAAUUGAAGAUAAAGCCUUAAUGAAUGCUAGUAAUACAACGAUUCUUGAAGGAAAACCACCAAAUAAGAUGAACAAUGCUAUAAGUGCAGGCGAUCCAAUUCCAGAAGGUGAAACUCUAUUAAAAAAAGAUCUUAUGAACAGAUUAGUUGACCACUCCAUAUCUAAACAUAAAAUAGUGUUAGAAAAAAUGAGACAUAGGCAAUCUUCUGGAUUAUUAACACCACUACAAGGAAAAUCUCCUGAACAGAAAGAAAAAAUAUUGAAAGACUUAGUUACAGCCGGUCUUCCAUUACCAGAACCUAGAACAGUGUCCGAAAAAUAUUUAAUUGAUAGGAUUAAAAAUAAACCAGUUUUGGCACUUAAACAAAAUACAUCUUCGGUGAGUACAGCUCUGGAAACCAUGACUCCAACAGAAAAAGAAAUUAUAUUGAAACGACUAAAGGAUGCAGGAUUACCCUUUCCAGAAAACAACAGAAAACCAAAAGACCUGGAAGUAAAGAUCCGAACAGAUCGAACUGCUGGAAUAAUCAAGCUACUUGAAGGAAAAACCCCUGAAGAGAAAAAAAAGAUAUUGCACGCUUUGAUUGCUGCCGGUACAUCUGCAGAUAAGUCAAAAAAAACAUCAUUUGAUGAAAUGUUGCCUAUUAAGAAACCAUCACAAGAAUCACCAGAAAAAAUGCACGUCAUCGCUCUUAAACGCAGUCAAUUAUUGAAACCAUUGGAAGGAAAGUCUAAAGCCGAGAAAAAGAAAAUAGUGAAAAGUUUAGUUAUAGCCGGUGUACCCCUACCAGAAGGCAAAACGCCUUCAGAAAAGUCUUUGAUUCACACUGUUAAAGCAGAAAUGGGAAUACCCCCAGUGAGAAAACAGUCAAGUCAUAAGUCAGUAAUCCUAAAAGCAAGGGCUGAAGGUCUUUUCUCAACAAUAACUGGAAAACCACAUGCGGAGAAAGUAAGAAUAUUAAAAGGCCUGGCUAAAUAUAGUUUACCUCUACCUGAAGUGAUAAAUAGUGAGACUUCUUUAAGUUUAGGCACAAGUGGCAGUAACAGUAUGGAAACAAUAUCUGUGACGUCAGAUUUAAGCAGCGACGUCACUUUCGAUUCUACAGAUUAUUCCGGCACCCCAUCCUGUGAAGACAUCAGAUCAACGAGCUGCAGCGAAGAGUUCAUCAAUCAAUAUGAAGACAAGAAGAAAAAAAAUAUUUGUGCAAUAAAUCCACAGCUUGAAUAUGCUGUUUUUAGACUGUCCGAGGAAAAAAAUCGUUUUGUUAAUAAAAGUACUAAUUUUACAAGGCCGCGUGGAGUUACAGGAAAUAUUAUUGUAAUUAAUCGCUUUUCAAAAAAAAUUAACAUUUCGAAGCUACUAGAUAAAGUACUUGCAAGGAAACGCUUCACUGAGGCUUCCUCACUAUUCGUAGUAGUCCCAACAUCUGAUAAGGAAUGUAUUAAAGUUGUCGACUCGACUAGCGCUUGUUCAAUGGACACACCGCUGGUAGCAAAAUCUGAUACGAUGACUGCGACCUCCCCCAUCCACGAGCCCCAGGUGUGUGGAAAGGGUAAAAAGUUUUACAUGCAAGAAGUAUUGUCUACAACAAGAGAUACGGAGAAAGCUGUACAAAAAGAUUCUCUACGUGUUUUGAAAUAUGUUAACAUGAAGAUGAGAAAUAAAUGUUAUAAGAGACCGAAAUGGUGUCGUUACUCUAACAUGGACAAAAUAUUUAAGACUAACACCCCUGCUCUACCACUUGUGCCUUGCAUAUCAAGUCAUGGCCGAUCUUCCAUACGUCGCAGGUGUAAACGCAAAUAUCGGAGACCAUCUUCAGUUUCAAUAAAUGAACGUUUGAAUAAAUAUAAUUAUAUUCCAAAGCCAUGUCAGUGUAACUCAACCGGUUUCGACUUAGGUUCAUAUCAAGCUGCCAAAGUAACUGUAGAUCGUAGUUACAGCGGUAGUUUGGACAAUAUGCGAAGGAGAAGAUCUUUGAAUCGAUGUUCCAGGCGUAAAGCUCGAAGGAGACAAAGCUCCAGCAGCAGCUGCAGCAGCACUAGUGAUGAAAGAGAGAAAAAUAAUAAAACGACGAAGCGAAGUGUUAGAAUUGCUGAAGGUGGAAUAAAUAGCAUUAAGCAGGGCAUUAAAGGUGUUAUAAGCAAAUCUGGGAUUCCAAAAGCUAUACAAGAGAGCAUCAGCAGUACCCUGGAGAGAAGGGGUAUUAUAAAGAAAAAAAAGAGAGUUUGUGAUAGUAUGGAAGAUCUAUGUAAACCAAUAAACGAACGCAUGAGUUGUAGCGAAACUUCGAGUGACGAAUCAGAAUCUUCAGACGACUCAGAUGUCUGUGAAAAGCCGUGUCCCCGCCGAGAAACACGUAAGACAAAAGACGCGUGUCUCGGUACUGCCAGUGCAAUGAAAUGCAAGAUCCCAUCGCUUGGCAAGUAA